CUUUUAAUCAGUUUCUUAUUGUCAAGCUACAAGAAACAUGAGGCGACUGUUUAUUUUAUUUUUCGUAACUAUCGUGUCAUCCCAGAAUGAGCUUAAAUUUUUACAAAACUACAAUUAUUGGUCAGAACUUGUGAAAAAUAAUCUUAACAGUACAACAUUUUCUGACUCAUGUAGCCAACAAUUUAGCGAAUUAUUUACAAAUGAUUUACAGGAUGUAUGGAAUCUGUUUGACGCUACAGCAAAAUUCCCUUGGAGUGGCUUAGCUACCGGCUCAUAUUUUGAUUGGGGAAAUUAUGAUCAAUGCAUUAAAAUUAGGCAUGAAUACACACAAGACAGAAUAUUGGGCAAAUACUGUACACACGGUUUACUAAUACCAUCCCCCAAAGUGAACAUUUCUAAUCCUGAUUUUCAGGAUUUUUAUAAAUUAGGACUAUGUAUGCCAGAUGCCUGCACAGCAGCCGAUUAUAAUGAACUCGUUCAAUUAAUAAAUCUCAACGGUUUAUUCAUUUUUCAAGAUCGAGCAUGUCAUACGAAAGAAGAUCUAGACAGAUAUUCAUGGGAAGAUAUUACUAUGGUGGUCGUACUUGUAACAUUUGCAUGCUUUAUGGUGGUAUCAACUAUGUACGAUGUAUACCUUAAAUUGAAUAAAAAAAAAUCUAUACAUCCCAUAUGUGUGGCAUUUUCUGUAUAUACGAAUGGCCGGAAAAUUAUUCAAACGUCUAAAAAUAACAAAGAACAAAUUCAAAUUUUUAAUGGGAUAAAAACUAUCAGCAUGGCUUGGGUCAUAGCUGGCCAUGGAAUGGCAGGAUGGAAUAAUUUUUCACUAACAAAUAAUGCCGCUGUCGAAUUUAAAGCAAAGCAUGCGAGUACAUUCUACGUGAGUGGGGCUAGAUUGGCAGUUGAUACAUUUUUUUACAUGAGUGGAUUUCUUUUAGCUUACACUUAUAUUAAACAAAAAACAAAACCAUUGGCUCUGCAUAUUAAACAGUUACCAUAUUUGGUUGUACAUAGAUAUAUAAGACUCACUCCCGCAGUAGCCAUGCUCUUUUUCGUUUUUAUGUCAAUCUUUGGUCAUUUGGGAUCGGGUCCACUUUGGGUGGCAGGAAUGGAUGAAAUAAGAAAACCUUGUAGAUCACAUUGGUUGCCUUUUUUCCUUUACGCUCAGAAUUAUGUAAAUCAGGAUGAUGUAUGCAUCAUUCCUACAUGGUAUUUAUCUGCUGAUAUGCAGUUGUUUUUAAUAUCAGUUUUAAUCCUGAUUCCAUUGACUGUGCUUCUUAAUGGAGAUAAAAGUAAUUUUAAGCGAGUUAUGUCAAUCUGCCUUGGUUUGAAUAUAUUUUUCACUAUUUUACCAUUAGUCACUAAACUUGUUUGGCCAAAUUAUAAAAAUGAUUAUGAUACACAUUCUCGAGUGAUUGACUAUACGAUGGGAAUAAUGAUGGGAAUUUUCAUAAGAGAAAGAAAAGACAAACCUUUUUUCUAUGGCAAAAUUUCUAGACCUAGGCUAACUAAUUUAUUAAUAUGGAUUUUAAUUUUGACGAUGAUGGGAGUGUUAGCUGUGUAUUACCAAGUAAUAAUCAUAUCCCUCGAUUAUUCUGAUACAGCGGUUGCCAUUUUUUACACAAUUUGCAGGCCACUAUGGUGCCUAGGAUUAAGUUGGAUGGUAUAUUCCAGUUACCAUGGUUAUGGUGGAAUCGUCAACUGGAUUUUAGUCCGACCUACUUUACAGAUAACUGCAAAGUUAUCUUAUUGCAUGUAUCUAAUUCACGGUUUAGUAAUUACACACGCUACGUUGAUGACAAGAGACAGGCUAUUUUUCAGCGAUUGGGUAGAGUUUAAUAAUUGGUGCGCAUAUUUUAUAGUAUCUUUUCUACUUGCAUUUGUAUGGUCAUUGGCUUUCGAAUCACCCUUAAUUAUAAUAGAAAAAUUAAUUUUUGGAGGAGCUACCCCAAGAAAAUCUAAACCUAAAAAUAAAAGUGAAAACGCUGAAAAUACACAACAAGAUGUUCAAAACGCAGCAGUGUAAGAAAUAUCCUAUUGGAGGUUAACGUAACAUAAAUACUCAAAUGUCUGAAAUGUAUUGUUUUUAUUUUUCUAAAUAUUAAAAUUAAAUUAUUUUAUGUA